GCUUUGGAAAGAUAUGAAAUUAUUUAAAAUUUAAGGUUUAUUUAAGAUUUUAAUAAGUAAAGUUAAUAUUUUUAAUAAAGAGAAUAAUGUGCAAGUGCUAGUAAAGUUAAAGAUUUAGUUUUGUGAGCAAAAUACCGAAUGACGCUGUUCUGCCGGCUAACAGAGAAAUUUCCCUCAAAUGGAUCACGAUUUAGACGACACUCAUCUCUGCAUUAAAUGCAGUCGAACAAUUGUGGGUCUAGAAAACUAUAUACAACAUCGCAAACAGAAAUGCUCGAUUCCUACCACCUCCACUCCACAACAAACUACUAAAAUAGCAAUCACAACUACCGCAACGACUCCACAACAACAGCAGCAACCUACAGCAGUUACCACAGCUAUAGCACAAGUUACUCCAGAAGUUAACUAUGAACCAUUCAACUUUAACGAGCCGACAAAUCCACCUAGCCACGGUGGCAAAACUUCCAAAGCUUUGGGCGAAAGUUAUGAAUUGCCUUAUGAAUUGGAAGCUGAUGUCUUCUUCUCCUCCUUACAAUUGCAAAGUGUACAAUCCUCAGUUCCCUCGACUAGUGGUGGUAAAACAGGUAAUACCCAUGCUCACGCUGGACCAUUUACUAGACAGAAAUCUUUACAGCAAGAUACACCAACUGUAGCAGCAGUUGAACCCACUUGGAUUAAUCCUCAACCACCGGAACCACCUCCAGAAAGUAAUGAACAUUUUCUAAAAGCGGUUAAUGAUAUAGGAGAGUCGAAGAAGUCAUUCGAAACUAUCUUUAAGCCCAUAACAUUUGAACAUGAAUCGCCGGAAGUGUCCGAAGAAGAGGAGGAAGAAGAAGUAGAUGUCGAUAUGGAAGAUGAUGAUGAGGAUUAUGAUCCUAUGGUUGAGACUCAUGGCUCGGGAGGAAAAUGGAAAUUACCCUUAAUGCGUCAAUCACCACCUGUGGUACCAGUUUCGCAUACUGGCGGCAAAUGGAAACCCGAACAUCGUCCCAAUCUUAGAGUAGCACACUCACAACUCUCUAGAUUAUCACCCAACUGGGAUGAUCACAUGGAUGACAUGGAUGCUCAAGAGGGACAACAUCCUCCCUCCGAUCAUACUAAGGGUAAAUGGGUGCCAGGUACUAAGCUUCAGAGAUUGGAAUACAAAGAGGAAGUAGUGGAAUUGGCCAAAUGUAGUAAUACAAUUCAGGAUUAUUGGUGUAAUAUUUGUUGCCGCAAACUAAAGAGUAAAACUAUUUAUGAAAAUCACUUAAAGUCCUCGUAUCACUUAAAGAGAUCCGAACCAGAACUACAGCUAGAGAAAGCAGCUAUUGCUGAAUUGCCGCGAGCCGACAUAAAGAAAAGUAUUUUGAUCAUGGAAUUCAAACCGCUAUCCAUUACCCUGGCUAUGAAUAGUAAACAGCGUAAAAGAAGAUCUACUUAUCUAAAGUGUAGUCUCUGUAAACAUGUUAUGGUUAGGCAUCUAAUAGGAAAGCAUUUGAUUUCACAUUAUCAUUAUCGGCGCAUGCAACUACAUCCUGGCAUAUCCCUGCACAUGAUACUGGAAAAUAUUCAUGCCAUUGUUUUGCAAUCACCUUUUCAAUGUCGUCCCUGUCGCUUUUAUACUAACACCGAAGAAACUUUUUUGCUUCACUGGAACUCAGCCUCUCAUUUGGAUGCCUCUGAGGGUCCUGGCCGUUUUUGGUGCUCAUAUUGUCAAUUUGAAUGUGAAGAUAACAAUCAAAUGAGAAGACAUUUGCUGGGUCCCGAACACAAGGAGGUUUUACUGGCAAUCAAUCGAUCUGUGCCCGUUUGUAUAAGCAAGCGGUUGAGUAUCGAUUGUCCUAAAUGUGGUCAAAAAUUUCGUUUUAAUUUUGAACUUAGGCGUCAUUUUUUGAUCGCUCAUCCCAGUUUGGAUUUUAUGGGCUCUGCUUCGGAUGCAUAUCAAUCGAAAUUUAGAUGUGCUGCAUGUCCCGAAGUAUUGCCCUCAAAAAUUGCCCUUCAGAGGCAUGAAAAAUAUAAACAUUUGGUUUCAAAAUAUUUUUGCUCAAUUUGCUCUUUGGAAUUUAAUAGUGCUUGUAAAGCAAGAAGACAUCGUAAGACGUUAGAGCAUAAACAAAAGGCUUUAGCUUUGAAUCAGGAGCGAUUAAAGGAAAAAGAAAUAAAGGAACUGUUUAAUUUGAAAAUCGAAAAAAGACCUGAACAAUGUGUGAAGAAGACUGUGGAAUUGGAGAUAGCUCUACUCGAUGAAAGUCCUAGCACAAGUGAGCAAGCCAAAUUGAAGGUUCCACCUCAAUUUACGGCCACAAUUAAAGCAUCAUUAUCCUUGACAACUUCUAAUAAAGAGAGUGACCAAUUGCAUAAUUCUCAACACAUUUGCAUAUUAUGCUCCAAAAGUUUUGCCUCUGCCCAAGAACUGGGAAGACACUCGAGAGUAUGCAAACCCAUAACAAUGGUCUCAACGGAAGAGAUCAAACAAGUCUCGCAAUUAACUCAAACAAUAACCGAACAAGGAGAGAAAAUCUGGUCAUGUGAUUUAUGUGAAUUUAAAGCCCCUUUUCAAUCGGAACUUCUCUAUCAUCGUGUCUUUCAUUCAUAUACCAAUGUGGCUAAGAACCAACUACUGCCCUGUCCUCUUUGUGAGAAAUCAUUUCGCAAACAAUCUUUACGUUUUCAUUUGCACAAUCAUACAAAGGAGAAACUUUUCAAAUGUGAUCAGUGUGAUGCAGCAUUUUCACGUCCUAAUAAUCUUAAAGAUCAUAUUAGAAAUAUUCAUGGUGAUGGUGUUAGAAAUUCUAAAAAGUCUCCCACUAUAGCUGAGAAUGAUGUCUCACUUCCGGUUAAGGUGGAGAAAGUAUUUCCCUGUAAUGAAUGUUCGAAAGUGUUUAAGAAAUUGACCCCAGAACAACAAAAAUUAUUAUUAGAAUUACGCAGAAGACGUCAAGAAUUGCUGUUAGAAAUUCAGUCUAAUGCACUUUUCUUCACUUUCAGACACUUGCAGUCUCACAAACCCACCUCUGAAGCCAAACAUUUCAACUGCGAUAAAUGCGCGUUUAAAACGAAAAUCAAAGGACAUCUACAAAGACAUAUGCGUCAUCAUACCGGUGAGAAACCCUACUCCUGUCCUCAUUGCGAUUUUCGUACUAGCACCUGGGAGAAUGUACGUAAACAUGUUUUGAAAACUGAAAAACAUGCUGGAAAAUUUGUAUUCGAAUGUGAAAAGUGUAAAAAAGACUUGAAGGCAAAUGUAGAAGGAGAAAAAGGAGGGGAAAUAUUUAAGACAAAUUCUCAUCAAGAAUAUCAGCAGCAUUUGAAACAGCAGCAUAAAAAUUAUAAAUAAUGCAAAUGAAAAGAAAUGAAACAGUACAACUGUUUUAGAAAAAGGUUUAGAACUUUGCUAAACAUAUUAUUUUCUAUACAAACUUGGUAGCACUUAGUAAUGCCAUGCAAAAGCAAAGUCAUAAACCCAGUAUUUAUUAAACACACACUUUUAUACAAACGUUUGGCUUUUUUCGUGUAAAUAAAAGUAAACA